CGCCGCCGCCCCGCCCCGUUUCCGGUGUCAUGGCGGCCGGAGCGCGGCCGGUGCCCGCAGCGCGGCGGCGGCGGCCGGGCCCGAGGCGGCGGCGCGGCGACGGCGGCGGGGCGAUGUGAGGCGGCGCCAUGUCGGGGUGCGUGUGGGGCCCGGCGCCGCUGCUGGAGGCUCUGGGCCGGCUGUGGGAGGUGCAGGCGCCGCUGGGCAGCGGCUCCUCGGCCUCCGUGUACCGGGUGCGCUGCUGCGGGGACCCGCGCGCCCCGCCCGGCGCCGUCAAGGAGUUCGUGCCACCCCCGGCGCGGCCCGGCCCCGCGCGCCGCCCCGGCGCCCGCCCGCCCGCCGCCGACUGCGCCGAGUACGGCUUCCGCAAGGAGCGCGCCGCGCUCGAGCACCUCCGCGGCCACCGCAACAUCGUGACACUGUAUGGUGUGUUCACCAACCACUACUCUGCGAAUGGCCCAUCUCGCUGUCUCCUGCUGGAGCUGCUGGACAUCAGCGUGUCCGAGCUGCUGCUGCACUCCAGCAACCAGGGCUGCUCCAUGUGGAUGAUCCAGCACUGUGCCCGAGACGUCCUCGAAGCCCUGGCUUUCCUGCACCACAAAGGCUACGUGCACGCAGACCUCAAGCCACGCAACAUCCUGUGGAGUGCGGAGGAGGAGUGCUUUAAGCUCAUUGACUUUGGACUUAGCUUCAAAGAGGGGAAUCAGGAUGUGAAAUAUAUUCAAACAGACGGGUAUCGGGCUCCAGAGGCAGAACUGCAGAACUGCCUGGCACAGGCAGGGCUCCACAGUGAAACGGAGUGUACCUCUGCUGUGGAUCUGUGGAGUUUGGGAAUCGUUUUACUGGAAAUGUUCUCAGGAAUGAAACUGAAACAUACAGUCCAAUCUCAGGAAUGGAAGACAAACAGUUCUGCCAUCAUUGAUCGCAUUUUUGCCAGUGAAGGGGUGGUUAAUUCAGCCAUUCCAGCUUAUCACCUCAGAGACCUUAUCAAAAGCAUGCUUCAUUGCGACCAAGGAAAGCGAGCUUCUGCUGAGAAGGCUUUAUGCAGCCCGUUCUUCAGCAUUCCCUUUGCUCCCCAUAUCGAAGAUCUGGUGAUGCUCCCAACACCCGUGCUGAGGCUGCUGAAUAUUCUGAGUGAUGCUUCUCUACAGAGUGAAGAAGAAUAUGAAGAUAUCCUGGAAGACAUAAGAGAGGAGUGUCAGAAAUAUGGCCCAGUGGUUUCCUUGCUUAUUCCAAAGGAGAAUCCUGGUAAAGGCCAAGUCUUUGUUGAAUAUGCAAACGCUGGUGAUUCCAAAGCUGCCCAAAAAAUGCUGACUGGCAAGAUUUUUGAUGGCAAGUUUGUUGUGGCUACGUUUUACCCACUGAGUGCCUAUAAGAGAGGAUAUCUGUACCAAAACUUGCUGUAGGCAGUAGCAACAAUCAGGAGAGUUGUCUUGCUCCUCUUCUUCACGUCGUGUUUUACAGUUGAAUGUACAAAGAGCUUCCUAGCCCUGCUUUUAAGUCAUCUGUAAAGGAGAGAUGCAAAGGAGUGAAAUGGGCUUUGAAAUCUUUACUGCUGCUUUGUGAUGUGCAGAGGAGGCCUGGAUGGCUUUAAAGCGUGUGCUUGUGUGUGUGUUGUGCUUGCUCGUUUACAUUAGAUGUGUGGCUUUGCCUGCUCUUGGCAAGUUCUCGGGUGGCCAGAGUAGUGACUAUGGGAGCCUUGGAGGCAGGGCAGAUCUUGACAAGAACUUUUAAGUGAUUGAAUUGAGAACAACUCACAGUUUGGCUCUAGCAAUUGUGGUUUUUUUUCUCUGGAGAGGGGAUUUCUUUGUUAAACUUUCAACCUGCCCUGUAAUACCUGUGCUCUCCUUCAAUGGGGAGUAGAAGAAAGGCUUCCAUGUCUUUUUUGGUAUCUGAAGUAAAUAAAGAAGCAGAAGCACCAUCCUCUCUAAGGCAGAUCAGGAAGACUUUGAGUCUUCACAUCACAAAGGGCAGAAGGAGGCAUUGAAAUGAGAUCUGCUAUGCCUAGAGUUACCCUGUCACUGUCUCAUGGCCUGAGAGGAGCCAUAUGUCUUACCUGGCACAAAUGGCAUGCUGGGCUUGUGGAGUGAGGUACGGGUGAAGCUGCCUGCAGUGAGCUGAACUUGCUUGUGUGUGUGGGGUGGGCAGGGGCUGACCGGGUGUGAAUAAAUGUCUUCAGAGCAGUGCCAGCCUCAGUCCCAAAAGAAGUUGUAGCACUUUGUAGCCUGAAGUGAUGUGAAAACUCUGUCACGUGGAAUCAUCUUUCUAGCUUAUACCCUGUGCUGGCACUGAUGCUCUGAACUCUGAUGCCAAAUCAUUUGUAAUAUUUAAGCGUCUUUAGGUGAUAUUUUUGGAAAGGAGUGCUAGAGCACGCAGUAUUCUUCGUGUCCCCAGCAGGACUCCUGUCCUGCAAGUCUUCUAAGAGAGGAAAAAAUACUUGUGCGUUGUAGGUUCCAUGCUUGGCUUUUCUGUGUUGUGCAUUUUGGUUUGGCAUUAACCUGUUAGAAUCGUUGUAGAUGAGAAGCACUGACACUUUUGGUCCUUCAUAGGUUACACAAAGGGCCUGAGGCAAUUUGACAUCCUAUAUGGAAAGGGCUUGGUCACUAAUCAGACUUGACUGGCCAGGGUAAUGUCAUGGACAACAGCCACAUGUUUUGGGGGAAAGAAACUGUGCGAGCUGUGUCACUGUUCCCCCCAGAGCACUCUGCCUGCUCGUGGGGCUUUCCUGCAGGGGCAGAGGGUCACUAACACGGCAGCGGGAUGGCCAAGCGGCCGUGCGUCCCAGGGGUGUGCAAACCCAUCCACCCAGCUUCGUCCCUCCCUGCAGGGGCCGACCGUUCUGCUCCUGGGGGACACAGCGUGGAACAGCCUUAUGCAGAGGGGGAACAGCAUCUUUUGGCUUGCAGGCCUGGUACCAGUUUUAGCGGAGAGCCCUGCAGUCAGAAGCCCUCACGAAUUCCUUUCUCCAGCUGAAAUACUUGGGGGUAGCUGCCCGAAGUGUCUCUGAGCCUCCCUGGGGUGAUACCUGAACUACCUUGCAGUUAACAUCCUGCACCCUGCUGAUGCUGGACUUGCUGGCAUCCUGCACUUAAGUUCCUCUUGAUUUUUGCCCUGUAUGCGUGUGUGCAGUGCGUCAGAAGAACUGGUGUCUCUAGCAUGUCACGAGUCUGAAUUCCUCUGUGCUGGCGUAGAGUCCUGUUUACUCUACCUUUCCCAAACUUCCCCAGGAUGGACCAAUCUCUUUGAUUUUUUUUUUUUUCCUAUUGUUGUGAGGUGGUAAAUUUUCCAGGAAAAAAAAUCCCCAAAUGAGCUUUUAAGAUAUGAUUUGCUGAUCAGACUCUUUUCAGAUGAUGGUACUUUGUGCAUUGCUCUACAGCAGCCUCACAUAGAUGGGGUGUGUGAUUCAUUUGCUUUUAAUUUGGCUGUCCUUGCAGUGAAGCACCGUUAGUGUCUGGGAGGAACUGAAUGAUCAGUCAGAUCAGGUUUUUCUUUUCUGUGUGGAAAAGCAGUGUUUUAAUUCUCUUAAGUACUCUAAAUAUCAGUAAAUAUUGACUGCUUCCUCAGCCGCAAGUUGCUGCUGUCUCUGGCAGGCUGAGGCAGAGAUAAAAGCACUUAGGCUCAGAAAUUUGCAUGUUAAAUGCCAUCAUGUUAGCAACAUUAAACAGGCUGCAUGGAUGCCUGUCAGCUGGCAGGAGAAGACCCGAGAGCUCCUGCCAAGCUGGGUGCCAGCCCGCACGGGAAUGCGGUGAGCUCCCCUGGGUGCAGGGCGUGAGCUCGGAGACGUCUGUCACCGUAGAGUGGUACGUGAGCAGAGAGGUGGCUUUGUGCCGGGGUGCAAUUGCAAAACUUCACCUCCUCAGAUGCAUUUCUCUAGGGCUGCGAGCUGGUCUCUCUCCUUUCAAACAUAUCUCCUUUUAAGUCAGAAUUGUGCUUUGGAUUUGCAGCUAAAGAUAAGAGCUAUACCAGGAUUAACCUUUAGAUAGCAGCUAGAGCUUGCUGCUGCAAUGUGGUUGAGCAGUUCUACUAAAGAGUUUGGCUGGGGUUUUGUUUAGCAAAUUUAAUAUGAACUAAAUCAAUCUGGAAGGUGCAAACCCCUGCCACUAGCUUUCUCUCUGGAUGCUCAGUGACCAGGUUUGAGCACUGAGUCAAGCAAAGACCCACAGCUGCUGCCUUCCCCCCAUCCCCCCUUCCUGGCAAGAGUUGAACAUGUUGAUCUCGGUGUCCUGUCACUGGCUUCAGGCCCUGGCCGUGGGGGUACAGGAAGCUUCAGAAACUCCUAAGAGUUGGAAGCAUUUUAUCAUCUUCCCACACCAUCUUCCUUCAAAGCCUUUUCUAUCAAGCUGAAGCUCACUGUAGAGUCUCAGUGAGAUAUUGGUGGCUGUGGUGUAGUUGCAGCCCUGCUAAAACCUGUGUUCUUACCUCCAGGUUGUAUCUAAAGCGUGCGUGGUGAUUAGGCUGGAUGCGUAUGUCCUGACGUGUGCCUGGACAGGCCUGGCUUGCUUUGUUUCCAAAAUACUGCGUGCUGCAGGUGCAGAAGUCUUGGGGCUUUCCACUUUGAUGCUUGCUGUGUUUCUCAGUCUGUGCUGUCAUGCCUUCCUUCCAAAAGCCGCCCUUCUCCAGAACUACCUAAAGCAGCAUUAAAACGCUGCUGGGGCCCCAAGGGUGGCUGUACUCCUUGGGCUGCUGGCCUGCGUCCUCAGCGAGCACAGUCGGUGUGGCGGUGGCAGAUGUCUUUCCCCGGUGCAGUAGCAGGCAAGUCCUCCCGCAGGCUGUGUCUGGCUGGUUAUUUGCAUCUGAAACCACCAGUGUGUUCCUGACGUGGGCUUGGCGAUUUGACCUUCCUGCAGUGCCGUGUCUUGCGAGGACACAGGGGUCGGGUGCGAGUGUCAUCCUGGCCUAGCAGCUUGGCGAUUUGACCUUCCUGCAGUGCCGUGUCGUGCAAGGACACAGGGGUCGGGUGCGAGUGUCAUCCUGGCCUAGCAGCGGCAGUGGGGUGGCUGGUGCGUUCAGACCCGGCUGCAGCCAGGGUCUGGUGUUCGCCCUGAGCGCAGCACCCGUCGGAGCUUGUGUGAAAAUCAGCAGGCUGCCUCUGAGGGAGAAAGCUGGUUUAGGGAGGAAAGGCAUGAAAGAUCAAACCCCUGGGUACAGCAAGACUUUCAGCAGUGUCUCUUAAAGCUGAGGGCAGACCCCUACCCAGCCGAAGGUGGGAGGAAAUCCACCUGCCCCUCCCUGAGCAUCUCUGCGUUCAUGGGCAGCAGAAACCGCGCUACAGGUGACAGUGCUGGUGGCCUACUUUCUGUGUGUCUUCUGAUAUUGGCAUUAUAAGCAUUUAAUACAGGUAUUGAUGUAACACUGGCCUCCCACCUGGACGAUGGGAGCAAGUACGUGAGAGCAAGCACAGCGGGCACCUCAGCCCUUCUCGAAGGGGCAGCAAUGGCUCGGAGACCUGAGGCCACGGUACGGCCUUUUGAGGGCAGGUUUUUUGGCACUGCAGAUGCAGCGAUGGGAGAGUCCCACCGUUGGCACCUCGGAGCAUGUGUGUGAAUGGAAAAAAUGUUGGAGCUUAACUAUCUUAACUAUUUAUUGGUAUCGUUUGGGUCUAAAAGAUGAUUCAAUAAAAAAAUAUUGUCAGUUGAAGAAUAGCUGCCCUGGAGGCAAGUCGAUUUGCACCUGCUCUGGUGGGAUGGCUUCUGUGGCUGUGCUGAUAGCUUUCAUCCCACGCCCGUUAAUGCUGCGUGGUAGUGCUUGGAGGCCGGCGGGACGAAGGGCCCUUCUCGGGGGCGCGUGGCCCAAGGCACCCUGAGAGAGCUUUCUGGUGUUUUAAUGUCGUUAGUGACGCCGAAGUGUAACAACAUGCUGCCAAAAGCCCUCGUCGGCUGCCUUCUGGCUGGGCUUGAACGCUUUUCUCGGCAGCGGGCUCCUGCCCUGGCUCACUCUGUGGUCCGCCCUGCUGACAGAUGCCCCAUGGCUCAGUCUGAAUGUUUCUCCUGUGCCAGGCGCCGCCUUUUUAGACUAAUGCCACUGAUGUGUUUGUGGGAGCAAUGAGAGAGGAGUUCUUUGCACUUCCACCUAUUUAUUAUAUGCAAGGAGAGUAAUUGGUUUUUAAAUCACUGGCUGAAGCACGAGUCAGCUCUGAUCUUAAUUUUAUCCUCACUGGUCUCCAGCCUCCUAACGAAGCGUAAGCACUGCAUUUUACUUGGGUUGUCCUUUCAGUGUUCAGUAUACUUCCCUUUGCCGUGCUGAUCCCGUGAACAUGUGCCUCUGUUCAGAUUAGAUGUAAACUGUUGUAUCUUGUCAUGCACCAUUGCUGAGCAGAUGUGUGCCUGAUACAGAUGAUUAAUAAAUGAUGCUUCAAUAUAAA